UCAACAAGUAUAAAAAAGAAAAUUUUAUGAGAGAAUAUUUAGUUUGUUGAAAUGAUUUGCCCAAAGCAGUAUGCCAAAACUAAUGGUCUGCAACGGAAAAAUGCCGAAGAUACCUCAAAGGAAUAUAUGAAAAGUAUGGUUUGGAAAUCUAAUGAAAUAGUUUUAGACAUAGGAUGUGGACCAGGCGACAUAACCUCAGAUAUUAUUUAUCCUUUAUUAAAGAAUAAAAUCAAUCAGUUGGUUGCUGUUGAUAAAUCAAUAGAAAUGGUAGAAUAUGCUAAAAAAACAUAUGGAUGCUCUAAGAAGAAUUUCAAAGUUCUGGAUAUUGAAAAUGCCAAUGAUUGCUCUUUUUAUUCAAACAAAUUUACCAAAAUAUUUUCAUUUUUUUGCCUUCACUGGGUUCAUAAUAAAGUUGAUUCGUUGCGUAAUAUGAAUUUAAUGUUGAAAAGUGAUGGAGAAGUCUUGUUAAACUACUUGUUCAUUAAUCCAAUAGUUGAAUUGUAUAAACUUAUGGAUGCAGAAUGGAAUAAAUAUAUUAAAGAUGUAAAACAAACUUCGCAUGUUUUAUAUUCACAAGAUGAAUUGAGAGAAAUCAUUAUCAAGGCUGGAUUUCGAAUUAUUAAUUUAGAAUCAAGUGUCAAAAAAUAUACAUAUUCAGACUUACCAUCACUUUUAAAUACACUCAAAGCAGUUGACGAUGUGUAUAAUUUCUUGCCACAAGACUUACAUGACAAAUACGCUGCACAUGUUAAAGAAAAAGUAUGUCAAACACAAAUGGUUGAAAUAUCUCCAAUUACAGGAAGAACAACCUUAAUGUAUAUUCCUAUUACUGUUCAUGCUAUCAAAGAUUAAAAUUUAAAACUGAAUAUUAAACAUCAUACCUUAUAUUA